AUGUCUGGCCCGUCACUCCAUCUGAGUCUUCCUCCACGCUCCCUAUUCAAAUUUCCUCCCGACGAGGCUCCACCAGCGAUACCUCCGCCCUCAGAUCACAUAAACUUCAUCGCCAGUCCUUUCCCAAUACCGGAUUCAAUCUUUCAGGCUACUCUACACCCCGCCGUACCGUUGACCAUCGCUGCUCUCUACGCGACCACUGUCAGCACUGUUAAUGCCUACAAUCGCAAGCAUGGCAACAAGGCCUGGGCCAUUAGCAAGACGCGUCCCUUUUUCGCGUUCGUUAUCUUCCACAACGUCUUCCUCGCCGUCUACUCUGCCGUGACCUCCUACGCUAUGAUUCAAAGUCUCUACAAUACUUGGGCAGGCUGGACUGGUCAACACGGCAUUGUGGGAGCGGUGGACUCACUUUGCAAGAUGCAUGGACCGCGCGGGUUAGGCGACGCUGCAACAUAUAAUCCGGUCUUGGAGGAAUGGGAAGUCAAGAAUCAGCUAAUUCAUCUUAGCAGUGGCCUGCCCGAUUCCACGGACGUCGGUCGAUUGUGGAACGAGGGACUUGCAUUCUGGGGUUGGUGGUUCUAUCUUAGCAAAUUCUACGAAGUCCUCGACACAGCCAUAAUUCUUGCCAAGGGAAAGCGAAGCACUACUUUGCAGACCUACCACCAUGCUGGUGCAAUGAUGUGUAUGUGGGCCGGCAUUAGGUACAUGGCGCCCCCUAUCUGGAUGUUCGUGCAGGUUAACUCUGCUAUCCAUGCAAUGAUGUACACCUACUACACCCUUUCCGCCCUAGGUGUCCGCGUCCCUCAGGCUGUCAAACGCAGUUUGACUACCAUGCAAAUCACCCAAUUUGUUGUUGGUGGCUCAUUCGCUAUACUGCAUCUCUGCAUACAGUACACGGUCCCAGUCUCCACCCCAUACAGGAUCGCCAAAGCAGCUCAAGUAGCUGUCUCCACUGCAUCAUCCGCUCUUUCAUCCGUUGCUUCAGAGGCUACUGCUGCAUCAGCUGUAGCAGGGUUUGGUUCGUACAUCAAAAAGCUUGCACUUCGUGCCGCUGGAGAGGAAGGUCUUGCUGAAAACAUGGGUGAACGUCCUCAUGUGUUGAAGGAUCAAAUUGCCGCAAAGUUUGAAAAUCUCACCGGUCACACAGCGCCAGGUUACGAGACUCGAUUUAGGAAUGAAUAUCAAUGGGUGCAGUGCAUCGACACCACUGGACAAAGUUUUGCCGUGUGGCUGAACUUAAUGUAUCUGGCUCCUCUCACUGCAUUAUUUGUACGAUUCUUUGUCAAGUCGUAUAUGCGACGCAUCGCCCCCAUCUCUCGCGGUGACAAGGAUGCUGCCAAGAAAGGCGCGAAAGAGAUUGCAAACUCCGCCCACGAUGCAGCGAAGGGUGUAAACCGCGAGACUGACAAAGUUGGCAAGAGACUCGAAAUCAACGGUAUCGCUAAUGGUGUCGCCAACGGUGCAACCAACGGGACAGCCAAUGGGAUAGCCAACGGUGCCAAAACAAACGGCACAAUCAACGCCCGCAAAAGUGAGAUGAACGCCAUAUCGAACGAGAAGCGCAGUAUUGACGACCAUCUUUCCCAGAUCCCCAAUGAUGAUACACAGACAGUGCUGCGGAGACAGAGCGUGGGCGAGACGUCCCCAACUGAUCCGAGCGGCAGUGACUUAGACAGGGUGGAGAAUGUGUUCAAGAAAGAGAAGAGCACCGCGAAGGAAGAUGGAGAAUGUGCGCUCCCGAGCCCUCCCGCGUCAGACAUCGAGACAGACGAGGCGAAGGAUGAACAAGUCGGAAAGGAAGAGGGUCUGGGUACAACAGAUCCAAGAGAUGAAAAUGUGAAUUUUUCGGACAUCCUGAAAAGGCCAAAUGCCUGA